AAAAGAGAACAAAACAAUGGCUUAGUUGAAUAGGGUGGGGACCCCAUUAGAGGGCUUCCCCCACACAAUCCACUGCAUUUCCUUUUUCUUGGAUGCCCUCCCUAUUUCCAAAAUCCCUGACAAGUCCUCCAUAAUUCUUUCUUAUUUGGCCCUAUUCCAGCUUUUAAUGAUGCUUCUUCCCCUCUCCUCUCCUUUCCCCCUCAACACCACCAUCCCCCCACUCUUGACACCCACACCCCAACAAGAGAGAGAGAGAGAGAGAGAGAGACAGAGUACACAGGAAUGGAGAAAACUCCCCCCUCCAAUGACCACUUAUUAGUAGUAGUGGAAGAAGACUACAUAGAUAUGGAUCUUAGUAGCUCCACUAUCACCUCCUUGUGCCGGUCAAGAUCCUCCUCCCCUCCACAUUCCAAAGAAUUUGAAUUCCAAAUGUCCACCAAUACUCAGGAGAAAGAAACAACCACCUCCCCUGCCGAUGAGCUCUUCUACAAAGGUAACCUCCUCCCUCUCCACCUGCCCCCUAGGCUACAAAUGGUUCAACAGCUCCUCAACAACACCCAAACCACCAAUUCAGCUGCGGAGGAGAACAUAGACACCACCACCACCACCACCAUCACCACCACUAGUGUAAAUGUUGAGACUAAUCCAGAAGACUACUUAGAGUGCUCAGCGCGACUCAUCCAAUCGAACCCGAAAAGAUCAUGGUCCAAGAAGCUCAAGUUGAUAAGGCAAACUCACCUUGGUACAAAGAUUAAAGCUUCAAGAGAUUAUAUCAAGUCUCUCUUCACCAAACCAAGUAGCUCGAAUGAUGACAAUGUCUAUACAAAAGAAGGGAGAAAGAAGGACUCACUAAGCCAAAUCCUGCAGGAGAGAUACUUAGUAACAGAGACCAGCGCUACAACGCUAAAAAGUAGAAUUGAUAGAGAGAAACUGACGGAAGAGGAUAUGGGUCAUAGAAAAUCCUUCUCUGGAAUCAUCAAGUGGAGAUUAACAACCAAAUCUUCAUCGUCGAGUUCGGCUUCCUCAUCAUGCUCUUCUUCUUUCUCGUCGUCAUCAAGUUCACUGGGGGGCAAUUUGAGUGGGUUGAACCAGAUAAGGAUGCUGAAGAGGAGCAACAGUGUGAAUUCGGAGGGGGAGAGCUCAAUACAAGGGGCCAUUGCUUAUUGCAAGAAGACACAGGAGAUGGUUUCAGCUAGAAAGAGUGUGAGUGAUGUUGGCUUCUAUUCCUUUUCUGUUCCUAAUAUUACUACAGCUUGUGAGAGCCAAGAGAGAAGAGAGCUCUACAGAGGAUGAUUGGAAUAAUGUGAAGAAUUCUAUGUUUUGUGUUUAUUUUUUGAGGAAAAAUGUAUUGUUUCCUGAUUUCUAAAGGAUUUGAGUGUUCCUGUUCUUUAGGUGGCAAUUUUGAUUUGAAGGAAAGAAAUUUCAUGACAUUGAAAUUCGGGUGGUUC